AUGUCUGGAUCUGGGAUACCGUCAGACAGUAAACCACAGUCUCCUGCACCCGGACAGCCCAAUCGCCAUGUCCUCACUGCCGUAGAGAAACAGCGCUCGCAGCUGGAUAGACUACUCAAGGAUCCAAGCAAGCCCGCAUACGUUCCAUCGGGGCCAAAGGAGAAGACCAUACGACCUGCGCGAGAAAUGAUGAAGAAUGUUCAAGGGUCAAGUGCUGGCGCUGGUAGUGGCGAGUUCCACGUAUACAAGGCAAGCCGGAGGAGAGAGUAUGAGAGGUUGAAGAUGAUGGAGGAUGAUGCUCGAAAGGAAAAAGAGACAGCGGAAUUUGAACGUAAACGAAAGGAGGCGGAAGAUUUGGCAGAAGCCAAAACCGCGAAAAACCGCGCAAAGCGUCAAAAGAAGAAGGACCGAAUGAAAGGCAAGGCCACCGAGAGAAGUGGAGACGGAGCCGACGACACAAGUGCAGACGUGCCUCUCAAAAAGAGGCGGCUGGUCAAUGGGAAGGAGCUUGUGUUUAGAAGACCUGGUGAGGAUAGCGAGGAAGAAGACGAACAUGGCCCAUCAGUGUCACUUUCUGCGGACGCCGAAAACGUGGAGGAUAUAUUACAGCUCGCGAACGUUCCAGUUGCUGUAGAAGAACGCCGAAUCACCAUACACGAAGAUGAAUAA